AUGCAGCGCAAACGACGCCUUUUGUCCCCAUCGCAAUCAAAUUUGCUAGGGGGGCCACAGUGCGACGUUUCGGAGCCUUUUAGCGACAUUGAGGGGUCUGCGCGGGCCUGCUCAGUGCGGAGUGAAGGAAUGCCGGCUUUGCCGGGCGAGCCCGUGAUGGAUGGUGGGGAGAUCGAUCGCAGCGGCGCAACAACUUUGCCGGUUGGGCGCCUCUUCCACAAGGAGCGUGAGCUGAACGAGAGGGAGUUGGCGCUGGCGAGGCAGAAGGCAAAUUUGGCGCGGAAUCUUCAAGAGAGUCUUGCGUUACUGCUGGUUGAUCAGGACGAUGAAUUGCGGGGCUCAAACCCCGCCGUGUUGCGAGAUUCCUCCUUUCAGCGUGAAGAUGUAAACAGGUUAGAUGACUACGUUGUCCAUAAUCCAGCGGAUGUGAUUGAUGGAAUGAAUCGCGUUAGUGCGUACGUCGGCGGUCGUGCCUUUGGUGGGACGUUUCUUAAAACUUCCUCGAAUGGAAUUUCCAUCCAGGUGCAAUGUUGCAAGGUUCCACGGGUGCAACGCGCCGUGUCUCCUGUCCUGCGCGUUCAACCUCUGUACUCGCCGUGGAACCCUGAAAAUGUACUGUCUUCUUUUAUGCAGCAGCAGCAGGAACAGGAACCGCAGCUCCGACAAAUCCCCGAGCUGCAAUUCGCAAAUGGCUUGGAUGUGGCGGUGCAGACGGAGCCUGCAACGGAGGAUGCCACCGGGGGAAGGCCCCUCACAAUUGAACGUGACGAGACGGUUACGAAAUGUGUGCAGACUUUAAUGGAUGCAGCGUCAUCGACCUCCAGUCUGACCUUGACGCGCGCAAGCGGGGCAUCGUCACGUACGGGCAGCCGUUCUAGUGGCUCCCGAAUUCAGCACAAACAAUUGUCGGAGUCGGCUUUGAAUGGAGAGAAGGAAAUGAAUGAGGUAGCGAUGAGACCAUUGGGCAAUUCAAAGAAGGGGUCCGAAGCGCAAAGCCCGAGCAACGAGACGAGGAGCGAUAAAUCUUCACACGGUGAGACCAAGAAUGCAAAUGGCCCUACACAUGAGGUUGGAGUCGCUCCCCCUGUGGAGUUUAGCCCUCCACCCAAAAGUGUUACUGGCUUACAUAGUCCUCCUGCACGUGUGCAGAUGAGGACGCUUUCAACUAUUCCGGAAGGCAGCGCCGAAAUGAUGGGUCUAUUAGAGAGCAACGAAAGUUACAAGGCCUCAAGAGAAUUGCAUUUUGAUUCUGGAUUUCAUUGUGCCACGCCCGUGGUUCGCACGACGGCAUGGUACUUGCCCAAUUCUCGUGUGCUGCACCAUACCGAGUUUAAAAACCUUCUCUGUGGGGACUGGGAGUCACCGUCGAAGUCUGUGCAGGUCGAGUCGGCACCCAGAGAUUGGUCACCCGUAGUCAGGGAUGCAACUGUCCAGGUGUCCCUUGUUGAGCCGCAGGAAUUUGGCUUGGCUGCAGAGGACUUUAUUGUAGAGUUCCCUCUCCCACCGGACCUUCCAUGUCCCGACAUGCCGCCAACUGGAAGAGAGAGUAAGACGGAACGUUCCUCUGCGUGCUGCGGACCGUGUUCAUCGGGAUGCCGCUUUUCCUGCUGUUUCCCCUUUCUUAAGCGAGCGAAGAAGAAACCGGUGUUGUAA